AUGUGCACGUACUCGUCCGAGAAAUUCGAGGCAAACAAGUACCAUUUGGUGCAUUAUGGGUCGAUCUGCAGCAGUGGGCCUGGUUUUGUGAUUGUUGAGUCAUCUGCUAUAAAUCCGAUUGGUAGCUCAUCUGCCAAUGACUUGGGGCUAUUCACAGAGGAACAAGCUGAGACACACAGGGAGAACAUUGUGGACUGGGCACACCUCCAUAACAUCAAGAUCGGUGUGCAGUUGGGCCAUGCGGGACGUAAGGCGUCGAUGGUUUCGCCGUUGGACGGGCAUCUCGGGCUUUACCUGUCGCGCGAAGAUGGAGGGUGGUCGGACCAAUUGGUGGCUCCCUCUGCUGUGCCGUUUGAUGAGAAGAGCGGAGUGGUGCCCAGGGAGUUGAGUGUGGAGGAGAUUGAGGAGAUAAUCAAGCAGUACGGGGUGAGUGCCAAGCUUGCGGUGGAAAAAGCGGGCUACGAUUUCGUCGAGAUCCAUGCUGGUUAUGGAUACUUGCCAUGCCAGUUUUUCACUCCAACGGCAAACAAGCGGACCGACGACUACGGGGGUUCGUUCGAAAACCGGACAAGAUUCCUCUUGGAAAUUAUCGAUGAGGUAAGAGCCAACAUUCCAGAAACAGUACCCAUCUUUGUUAGAUUGUGUGCUGAUGAGAAUGUGGAGGAUGCAGAAAGCUGGAAGCUCGAGGAUACGUUGAAACUAGUGCCAGUGCUUGCCGAACACGGCGUCGAUGUUAUUGAUGUGUGUAGCGGUGGCCUAAACUCCAAGGAAUUCAAUUGGGGGAACCCAAGGUUCCUUCCUCCAAAGGAAAUCGCCCAUAAGAUCAAGCAAAAUUGCCCCAAAAAUCUUCUAGUUGCUUCAACUGGCGGUGUACAAGACGGCAAAUUAGCGAAUGAUCUAUUAGAAAAUGGUAUCAUCGACCUUUUGCUAAUCGGCAGAGUUUACUUAAAGAAUUCAGGUGUUGUAUGGGGAUUGGCAGAUGAUCUAGGCAUCCAAUUAGAACAAGCCAAACAAAAGGCUUGGAUCUUCGAUUCCGAAGGUCAUAUGAAGAAGUAA